UGCGUAACGAGCCGAUACCUUUUCCCCCCACUGCUGCCGCUUGUAGCAUCAACUCUUUGGCUACGCUGCUUUUAAAAGCUGCCGGUUUGAGGCGUUACGACCUUUGGCUGAUUGAACAGAUCCUACAGCUGAUGCCAAAAUGAUUUCACUCACGGAUUCACAAAAGAUUGGGAUGGGGCUGACAGGGUUUGGGGUGUUUUUCCUCUUCUUUGGGAUGAUGCUGUUUUUUGACAAAGCUCUCCUUGCCAUUGGAAAUAUUCUGUUCGUCUCCGGCCUGUCGUUCGUCAUUGGUCUGGAGCGUACCUUCAGAUUUUUCUUCCAGAGGCACAAACUAAAAGCCACCAGCUUCUUCCUGGGAGGAGUGUUGGUGGUUCUGCUCGGCUGGCCGAUUGUUGGGGUUGUUCUGGAGAUCUACGGUUUCUUCCUCUUAUUCAGGGGAUUCUUCCCGGUGGCAGUCGGAUUCAUCAGACGAGUACCCGUGCUCGGGUCUUUGCUCAGCUUACCAGGGAUCAGUUCACUGGUGGACAAAAUUGGUGAGAGCAACACAAUGGUAUAAUGAAGAGGACGGUUUCAGUAUUUCUGACCUUCUUAUGGUGACUGUAUAUUUUGAUCAUUGCCAUUCCAGAGCUGUGAAUCCAAACAUUUCUCUGCACAAAAGACACAUGCAUCUGUGGAUAUUUGACUGACUGUAGAUUUAAUUCUGUUAGAUGGAAACUGUUUUUAUCUGACUGCUACUGGACAACAUUAUCAAGAGCUUUUUGUUUUUGUUUGUUUGUUAUUAUUUUAAAAGGAUGGAAGCAGUUUCUCUUUUUGUAUCAUUCCAGUCUGAUAUUUAUGGACUGAUAAUCUAGGACCACUGGAUUAACUCGAAGGAGAGUGACAGCAUCCAUGUGCCUGAACAGACACUGAGCUUUUUUUUUUUUUUCCUCCAUGAAGUGUUAGUGGAAUUUUCUACUUUAAAAAUUUAAGGUUGAGCUGAAUAUGACAGAAAUGUAAAAAUGGUUUAUAUUGUCCUGGAUGGAGAUGUUUAACUGUAACUUUUGUAAGUGCAUACUUGGAAUAAAGUGUCUUUUAUACAUUU